CCGCAGUCCUCAGGCUCUCCAGCCCCGGAGCAGCCCCGCUCGUCCGGCCCAUCUGUAUCCGGGUCUCGGCAACUCCUGGGCGGCCCACUGCGCCGCGCCCGCCCCCUCAGUCCUCCUAGGUGGAGCCGCGUCUCCUCUACUAGCCGGAGCCCCGCCACCCCCGCGCUGCCCGAUAAACAGAAAUGUCUCACUCUGAAAACAAAGGGCUGAUAUUAGGCAUAAUGGCAGGGGCUGCUGGAAUCAGCUUGGUACUGGUUUGGUAUCACAAGAUCCAAAAAUCUGGGGCAACUGUAAAUUUUCCUGCAUUUCUAGAUUUACGCAACAGAUUUCAAUAUGAGUUUCAUUUUGCAAAUCUACAUAAUGAGCAAGGAACAGUAAUGGCUUUACAAGGAAGACAGCUUCAGAUACUGGAAAAAUUGAAUGACCUACUACUGAAUGUGGAAGAACUGAAGAGAGAAGUGAAGUUUCUUAAAGAAGCUGUUCCAAAGCUGGAAGAGCUUGUUCGAGAUGAACUGCAAGGAAAGUCUAGUGUUCGUCGGAUUAGCCCUGUACACAGAGCCACCAGAAAAAGAAGAGCUGAGACAGCUUAUGGUGCAACAGAAACUACCAGCUCUGAGGAGGCAGAUAGUGAAGGAGGCUAUAUUACAGCUCACACUGAUACUGAAGGAGAAUCUGAAGAAGAAAGAGGAUGGAUUAGUUUAUCUGCAGCCUCUGCAAGAACAGAAAAGGAAACAGAAUUAUUUAAUCUUCUGCAGCAGGUGGACAGUUUGCAUUGUGGUUCAGAUGAUGAUAAAAAGGAGAGCUUCAGACUGUUACUUGAGAAAGAGGAAAAGUUUGGAAACCAUCAGGGGUUUCUUUGGAGACUUGCACGAGCUUAUGGAGAUAUGUUUGAGAUGACUGCAGAUGUUGAAGAAAAGAAGAAAUACGUUGCUGAUGGAAAAAUUGUAGCUGAAAAAGCUAUUCAGGUGGAUACCAUGUGCGCUGAUAGCCACCAAUGGUUUGCAAUUAUGUGCGGCUAUAUGUCUGAGUUUGACAGUAUACAAAACAAAAUCAAGAAUGGCUGUCUCUUUAAGGAGCAUCUAGACAAAGCGAUUGAACUUAAACCUCAAGAUCCUUGUUUAUAUUACCUAAAUGGAAGAUGGUGCUAUUCAGUAGCACAGUUGUCUUGGAUUGAGAAGAAAGUAGCCACUACUCUUUUUGGGACUCCACCAACUUCAACAGUACAGGAAGCUUUGCAGAAUUUCCUUAAGGCUGAAGAACUGCAUCCUGGAUAUUCUAAAUACAAUUAUGUGUAUUUGGCAAAGUGCUAUAAAGAUCUUGGCCAGAGAAGCAAUGCACUGAAAUACUGUGAUUUUGCAUCAUCAUUGUUACCAGUUACCAAUGAGGAUAAAGAGGCCCAGAAAGAUUUAGAAGCUUUACUUCCAAUGCUGCAGCUGUGAUGAAAAGCACUUCUAGCUCUUCAUGCUGUGAUAAUAUUGUAGAAGAACCAUAGAAACUAAUCACUCGGAGUCUGAUCCAAAGCUCGUUGAAGCUAGUGGAAAGACUACCAUUAACUUCAGUCAUUUUUGGAUCAGGCCCUGUAAGUGGAUGGCAAUUUGGGUAUGAAAAUGACGCAUUCUAUCUUUUUGAUUCAUAGCUUUAUUUUUAACUUUUGGAUCUACAGUUUGUUUUAAAUUUUUCUUGCUGGAAGUAUAGUCUCUCAUUAUGAAAUCCACUGCUGGCAAUGGACACCACAUAGGCAAGAACGCCAAAUGCAUUAACUAUGUUCUUGGAAUGAUUAAUCAACUAAACUGCAAUGCUAGCAUAGGAUUAUAUGGAGCAAUUUAUUUGUUUCUACAUUAAAUUAUGUUUCUACCAAUUGAUCUAUAUAAAUGUAUAUGAAGGUACAUCAUAAACAUACGUAUGUGUGUGCCUCUGCUUUUAUUCACAAGAAAUGUAUACGACUGAUGGAAGUUAAGGAAAAAGGGAUAGUCUUAAACUAUUUUUACUUUAGCCUAUUUUUGAUUUUAGAUGGAAAUGUGAAAACUUUAUAAAUCAUGUUUUAAAGUCAUAUUUUAUGUUACUGGAAAGGAAAAUAUUAAAAAUUUGACCAA